AUGUCGGUCUCAAACGAUCAGAUCGAAAACUAUCCUCGCCCCGGCAAGACCGCCAUCGUCACUGGCGGUUCUUCUGGACUUGGACAAACGAGCGCCAUUGCACUAGCGCGAGCCGGCUGGAAUGUCACCGUCACUGGCCGACGCGAAAAGGAGCUUCAAGAAACCGCGAGAUUGCUCGACGAGGCUGCUGGUCGUGAGGGCGCUGGCUUUUACGUCGCUGGUGACAUCACCAAGGAGGACGUAGUCCUGCGUGUCUUCAAGGAGACAGCCGACAAGUUCGGCAGAGUCGACCUUGUCUUUUGCAAUGCAGGUAUCUCUCCUCCCAAUGUGCCCCUCGCUGAACAGAAGUUGUCGGAUUGGCAAGCUACCGUCGACGUCAACCUGACUGCGCCUUACCUAUGCUCUCGCGAGGCCUUCCGAUACAUGGAGAAGCAGCAGCCACAAGGCGGGCGUAUCAUCAUCAACGGAAGCAUCAGCGCCCAUGCUCCACGCCCAUUCUCGUCUCCUUACACAGCAACAAAGACAGCUAUGAACGGUCUGACCAAGUCCUUGUCGCUUGACGGUAGGAAGUUCAACAUCGCCGUGACACAGAUUGAUAUUGGUAAUGCAGCGUCUGAGAUGACGGCCAAGAUCAAGUCCGGACCUGGUGUUCCUCAAGCGGAUGGCUCUAUGCGCCACGAACCAAUUAUGGACCGCGAAUGGGUCGGAAAGGAGAUCGUACACAUCGCAGAGAUGCCUCUGGGUGUCAACGUUGCCAACGUUACCAUUCAGGCAACGAACAUGCCCAGCCACGUCGGCCGUGGUUGA